GCCAAGACUACUGAGCGGUUACAUUCGGAAAAAUACUGGCAUCACAACAAGCCUCCCCAGAAGCACCUCCAACCACACCAGGAAUUCUUGUGACAACUACGGGAAACAGUCAAAUACAUUUUACGCCACACGUCUUUUCCAUUCAAGGGGAUGAGACGGUUCAAUCUCACACUUCUCAUCUGUUGAGGAGAGGGAGAUGAGACGUGUUCUGGACCGGCCUGAGAGAAGGCUCCAGACUGACGCAGGACUCAGACAAGAGGGACGGAAGGCAGCUGGAAGGUGAUGCUUCAAGGAAACAAUGUCAUCAGCAAGGUGCUUUUACUGGUCCUCCACAUCACAAUAAACAGUGCUUCACGUCUGUCAGCGCCCUGGAAUGUCACCAUGGAGUCGGUUAACAUGAGGCACCUGCUGCGCUGGAGUGCCCCCGGGACAUUCUGCGCCGAUGCGCACUACUCCGUCCAGUUCCAGGGUGAGUGGGAGCUGCUUUUUAAGAACGGGACGUGGGAGGAGGCCAUGGAAUGCCAAAGCACCCUGCGUCCCGAGUGUGACCUGACCGCUGAUCUGGCCUCAGAUUCAGACUACAGCAUCCGCGUGAGGGCUGAGUGCGACGGACAUCAUUCAGAGUGGACGGCACUCAAUGCUACUUUCAACAGGAGAAACACAAUUAUUGCCAUCAUCAUGGAUGUGAAGGUGACAGGAGAUGCUGUGCAUGUGUAUAUUGGUCCCCGGUCUCUGACCAUGACAGUCACACUGACCAUGUGGGAACAAGGAGAAGACUAUAACACAACUAAAGAGGAGGUGGUGGGCGUUCAGCACCUCAGUCACACGUUUCCAGGCCUGAGGCAGGGGGCCAUCUACUGCCUGCAGGCCCAGGCUGAAGUGGAGGGCAGCCACCGGAGCACCAGCACUGGCAUCCAGUGUGUCUCCGUUCCCAGUCCCCAAAGGCCAUGGCAGAUCCCUGUGGCGGUGACCAGUGUUUUGGCAAUAACCAUAGCUCUGGCAUGUCUACUGGGCUGGGCCAGCAAAUACAGGAGGUUGGUGGUACAAAACACCUGCUUUCAUAAAGAGCCACUGCCAUCUGUCCUGGUUGACGACUGGCCUGUCACCACCCCCAUGUUACUGGAACCACACAAGUCACUCGGGGGACCAUUACUAUCUCUGCCCUCUCUGCCAAAAUCUGACCAGGAGCAGCUCCGAAGCUAAUGACCCAUUUGGGACUGUCCAAGACCUUCCAAGAAUCUGACCAGCUGGACCUCAUAAAUGAUGUUGGAUGAAACACACUCGGAGGAAAAACGCCAGAUGUAAAAAAGAAAACGAAAAAUGUAUAGACUGUAUGGAAUGUCCACAUACCUGGCUGAGAAACUUAAAUACCCAACCGUAAGCAUACAUGUAUGCACGACUCCUCUCGUCACCAAAGCCAGUUUUACUUGAACUUGAGGGGGAUGACCGCCAAGUAAUUGCUCCUGUGGCUACUGACACUUUGAUCGAUGAUGUAUGUAACUAAUGGAGAUCUACUUCUUGGACAAUCCGAUUUUGUGUGUUUCAUAGAAACUGUACAGAAAGAAACAGGUCUGAUUUUUCUUGUAGAUCAUAUUACGUGAACAAAUGAAGACCUUGGUGAGAAACAGACACAGAAUUUGACGAGAAAAAUCCUUCCAGAUCUGGUGAGGGAGGCCCUUCUACGGGUUGACUGAUACUGAGCACAGUUGUGCUGAGCUGUGACUAUGUGUGAAGCAUUAUUACCAGUACAGAGCCCCCUAUGGGUCAUGGUGAGGACUUCAGUAAACUACUUUUAAUCUCACAAUAAUUUGACACUCCUUUGCGAUACUUUUGGACUUCCAGGGGCUCUAUAGAUCUAUAGGUCUCAUAGAAUGAGGAAAAGGAGGAACGUGUCAAGUCUUGAGAAUUUAAGUGAUAAACAAUAAUUCCUUAAAUGUCAUUGCUGACAAUAACUCUGAGCACGUUCAGUU